CUGGCAGCCAGCUUCAGUGCAUGUCGUCCAGAGAUGUCCCUCCCUGAUGACAGCUACACCUCAGAGGAUCAUGACGUAUUCACCAUCUCUGGAAGGACCUGCAUCGAGGAGGGAGACAGCGCCCAGGUCCUCAGCAUUGUCCUGGAUGAGAAGAACCAGGAGAUAGUGAGGUGUAUGGGCUGGAACCUGCUGCCUCCUCUGAUCCAGGUUCUGAUGAACAAAGACAGCGAGAAGCUCUCUCAAUGCCUAGCCAUUUUCAACCACCUGCUACAGACCUGCAGACCCAAAGAGCUUCUGAUUGGCCUGCUGGAGCAGCUGGAGCAGGACGACCCCGUGGCCAUAGCAGAGAGCCUCCACCUGCUGCUGAAGCCUCUGCAGAGAGUGCUGCUGUGCCUGGGCAGCCGGAAGGCCUCGUCUCUGGGCAUGACUCUGUGCUCUGUGCUGGACCAGCUGGCCAAACUGCCUCUGCCUCACACCAAGGAGCAGGAGGAGGACGACGUGUUCUCCCUGUGUCGCUGCUGCAAUGAUAUCACAGACUUCAUCAAGCCCUUUGUCCAGGAGGCCAGGCAGAACCUCCAGAACAGAGAGGGGAACAUCCAGAGAACAGACAGGGUGGGGUGGGAGCUGGGCCGGGACAAGGAGGACGAGCUGGGGACAGAACUGCUGAAGUUCUGUAUGAAGACGCUGAGUCACACUCUGCUGGAGGCGCAGCUCAAAGACCCCGACACUCUGCCAGAGUCCCCCCUCAGGGACUUCGCCACAGACAUUUUGACCAGCCUGAGUGCUGUGGGCGAGUCCCUCCCCAGCCUGGUGUUCCAGCCCCUGCUGAGGAGGAGGCAGGUCCCGGGCUUCCUGGAGGAGGAGGUGCGGUACCCCAAAGAGUCUCUGGCCUGCCUGGCCCACCUGCUGUUCGUCCACCACCUGGCGGCUGACGCUUUCCCCAGUGUCUUCAGUCCUGUGUUUGCUCUCCGGUGUAACAUGGAGCACGUCUACCUGCUGUUGUCCAGAACUGAGGAGUCCAGGAUUCAGAAAGGACUGGAGCUGUAUGAGAAGAGCCUGGUGCGGGUGGAGGACGGCAGCCUGCCUGCAGACCUGCUGGAGAUCAGAAGCUUCCUCACCGUCCCUCAGAACUUGGUGAAGGUGAUGACGUUAUGUACGAGGCAUGAUUUGAGAACCAGAGGUCUGAAGGUGCUGCAGCUGAGCAUCGAUAAGCUCAACACUGAAGCCAAGUACAACUUUUUCCAGUACAUGCUGAAAACCAGCAGUCACUCAGGAGUGGAAGGCUACGUCAUCAAAAACAUCAAGAAUCAGAUCGACGCUGCGCUGCAGCCGGGGAACAGUAACUCGUGGUUUGAGGGGGCGCAGCUGCUGCCUCUGCUGAGGAAGGUUCUGGUUCUGCCCGACGGGCCGGAGACCGACCUGCUGCAAUACCUGGACAGAAUCAUGGAGUCUCUGAACCUGCUGCGUUACCUCGUCAUCAGAGACAAAGUGACAGAGAACCAGACGGGGAUCUGGACGGAGCUGUAUAAGAUAGAAGAUACGUUCCUGAAGCCGCUGCGUGUCGGAGUAAACAUGUCGAGAGCUCACUACGAGAGGGAGCUCCACGACACCCUGGCGACCAAGAGGGGCAAGGUCAAAGCGGAGUCCAUGCUUUCUGUGUCCGUUGGCAAAGAGAAGCUGCCCAACAUGACCUCAGAGUCUCAGAUCCAGGCUCUGCACUCGGCCUUGCACACCUUCGACAUGAUCGAGAGUGUGUUGGUGCGGAUAGAGGAGCUCACCGAGGUGAAGGAUAAUCUUUAAGCCGAGCCGACGAGUUUUGUUCCUCAUCGUCUCAGGGGCGAGCCAACACAAAGCCUUCAAUGUUCUGUUGAUGUAUUCUGUUUAAGAAAAGCAACAGAAGUCUGUAAAACAUUAUUUUCAAGUGUUUCAUGUCUUUUUCUUUUGGUAUUUCAGCAGGUGCUUUAAAAUUUGCAUUGUGUUUAUACAAAGAUUCAAAUGAUGGAACAUUUGUAUUGCUUCUUGUACACACGAGUUAAACAAGGUGGACUGUU